AUGGGGAGGAACAGCCGCAAGGAGGACCGCCAGAGCCGCAAGCGCACAAAAAUCGGCCUCGACCAGACAAAGGCCAGCGGCCAGAAGUCGUCCAACGCAGCCUUUGCGCCCCCCGUCUUUGCAAAGGGCCAGUUUGCCAGCCUCGCCAACAAGGGAAAGGCAAGGUCAAACAAGCAGGCGACCACCGCGACCAACGGCGGCAGCAAUGCCAGCGACAUCGUAGAGGCCGACAUGGCCGAGGAUGACGCCCUCGCCUCGCCCGCGUCGUCCCCCGCCACGAGGGUCUCAAACGCCUCCCUCAACCGCCAUGGCAUCCAGUCCGUCGAUCACGCCGACGUCGGCAUCCUCGAAGAUGCCAACCCUGCGCUGCAGUCGGCUUGGGACGAUUUCGGCGCAAAGGCACGCCUCGACGACACCCUCACCGGCCGCAGGGACUCGAGCCUCAAGGCCUACAUGAAGGAGCUCCGCAAGCUCGUCGAAAACGCAGACGUCCUCCUCGAAGUGCUCGACGCCCGAGACCCCAUGGGAUGCCGAUCUCUCGAAACGGAGCGCAUGCUCAUGCGCGCCGGCAAAAAGGUCGUCCUCAUCCUCAACAAGAUCGACCUCGUCCCAAAGAGCAAUGUCGAGGCAUGGCUCCGCUACCUCCGCCACGACUUCCCCACGCUCGCAUUCAAGGCCAGCACCCAGUCCCAGCGCAGCAACCUCUCCCAGGGCGCUGCGGCCUUCUACUCCGGUGGUGGCGGCGGCAGCGGCAAGGCGUCGUCCUCGUCGGGAUCGGCCUCGGCGGGCAAGGACGUUAUCACGGGCGGCGCAGAGGCCAUGGGAGCCGGCGCCCUCCUCCAGCUCAUCAAAAACUACAGCCGCAACCUGAACCUCAAGACCAGCAUCACCGUCGGCAUCUUUGGCGCUCCCAACGUCGGCAAGUCGAGCUUGAUCAACAGUCUCAAGCGGGCGCGCGUCUGCAGCGUCGCCUCGACGCCUGGCCACACCAAGGUGGUGCAGGGCGUCAUGCUCGACAAGAGCGUCCGCCUGCUCGACUGCCCGGGCAUCGUCUUCUCCGACGAGACCGGCGGCGCCACCAGCGGGCUCAGCGCCGAGGAGAUUGUCAUGCGCAAGCAGUCGGCGCUGCUGCGCAACGUUGUCAAGGUCGAGCUCGUCGAAGACCCCGUCACGCCCGUCGAGGCAAUCAUGGCGCGGGUCGAGGACCAGGAGCUGGCCGACGUCUACGGCCUCGAGUUCUUCCAGUCUGGCGACGCUCAGGACUUUUUAAUGCGCCUCGCCAUCCAGCGUGGGCGGAUGCUGAGGGGCGGCAAGAUCGACAUUGAAGGCACCGCGCGGACGGUGCUGCAUGACUGGAAUGUCGGCAGGAUCAAAUACUUUACGCAGCCGCCGGCGCUGCACCGAUCCGCCAUCCUCUCUGCGGACAACGGGCGGCAGGCGGCCGGCAAUGCUCACGCUGCAACCUCCGCCGCGGAUGCUGCGGUUGCGGCAAUGGAGGACGGCGACCAGGAGUCGGAGAGGGCCAAGCAGCAGCUCGCCGAGAGCACGACGAUCGUCUCCGGCUUUAGCGAGGCGUUUGACCUGGCCGGUCUCCUCGGCGAGGCCGACGCCGAGAUCUUUGGCACGGGUACGGGCACGAGCACCGCUGCCGUGCCUGAGCCACCAAAGGCCCGAUUUGCCACGCAAGAGGAGCUGGCGGCAGCGGACGGGCAAGGCGCAGAAGACGCGGCGGCGGAGGAGAUUGUCGACGACCACGGCGGUGCUGUUGGCGACGUCUCCAACGUGUCGACGCUCGGCAAGAGGCGACGGGCCUUUGACGACGAGGGCGGUGCCGACGACAGCGAGUCGGACGACGACGAUGACGACGAGGACGGUGACGAUGAGCAAGGGAUGCGACGCCGUCGACCCGUGCGUCGGACGGCCCCUGGCAACGUCCCCGGGCUCUCUCAGAUGGAUGACGACGGCGACGACGACGACGACCUCGUCAGUGCAGGUCAGGCGGUCGCAGAGGACGGUGCGCGUGGUCGCUCGGGCAACGCGGGCGCCCCCUCUGCGGCCUUUACGUUCCAGGCGAGCCCCACGGCAGCAGGGCAGGCUGGAGGACCGGCGUGGCUGGACCGGCAACAGGCCAAGGCGGCGGCGGCGUCGGGCCGAUCGAAGCGCAACGAGGAGCUGUCGACGAUGUUUUCGAGCCAGGAGCUCGAGGGACUGGCGGCGUCGCGGGGCUCGCAGAACCGCAAGAUGAAGAAGAUGAAGAAAAAGGCGGAACGGGCGGGCGCGGGCCUCGUCGGCGCUCUCGAGGCGAGCAUGGACCUGGGCACCGUCGUCGGCAACGGCGCGGCGCAGAGCAAGAAGAAGCAGAAUGGGGCCAACGGGCAGCGGGCCAAGCCGCAGCAGAGGGGGAGGUUUGCAGCGCUCAUGCAGGACGGCGACGAAGACGAUGACGACGACGACGACGACGACGACGACGAGGCAAACGGGGCCGGCAUGCGGGACGAAAGGGCUGCUGGCUCGCUCGUCGUCGUCGAGGAGGAGGUCGACAUGGGUGCGGCUCCCGCUGCGGCGCACUCCGCCACGCCGGCCGUCGUCGCCGCGACGAUUGAGGAAGACGAGGAGGAGCUCUGA